UCGUUCCCAGCGGGACUGGGCGAGAGACCAAGACCCGGACCCCACUCCAGCCGCGGCGCGGUUCCUUCCCUAGCCUACGCCUGCCCCCGUCUCUGUACCUCCUCCUUCAGUGACCCAGCCUGCACCCCCGGGAGUUCCUCCCUCCAGGCUCUCAGGCACACUUCCUGCCCUCUCAGGCUCACCUCUGUUCUCCUUUGUGAGUCAGGAGCUGAGGCAACACCACCACUCACCAACACAGUGCUUCUUGUUUUGGUUAUUGCUAAAGAACUGAAGAUGUGAAAAGAAAUAGCACCAGCCAGACCGGGUCCUGCCCUACCCAGCCCGGGUCACAGCCUCAAGGCAGGAACAUGGCGUCAGCCUUUGAGCGGGUGGUGAAGAGCGUGGUCCGGGAACUAGACCACAGUGGAGAGCUUAUCCCCGUGGAUAGCCUGCGGAGUUCCACCAACUUCCAGCCCUACUGCCUUUUGGGCAGAAAGCCCUCGAGCUCAUGGUUCUGGAGACCCCGCUACACAUGUGUCAACCUGUCCAUCAGAGACAUCCUGGAGCCCAAUGACCCAGAGCCAGCGGUAGAGUGUGUCGGUCCUUUCCACUUCCAAGAUGCUGUGGAUGGGCAGCUGCAGGGCAGCAUGGAGCUGGUGGGCCCAGGACAAGGGAAGUUCUCAGGUGGGGCUUCGGUGUCUGGCAGCUCCAGCGCCUCCAUGAACGUGUGCACCCUGCGAGUGGACCCCAACACCUGGGUGGCUAUGCUCCAAGAAAGGCGCCUUCGGCAGCCUGAACACAAGAUCCUGCAGCAGCUGCGCAGUCGUGGGGACGAUGUGUUCGUGGUGACUGAGGUGCUACAGACACAGAAGGAGGUGGAGGUCACCAGGACCCACAGGCAUGAGGGCUCAGGCCAGUUUGUACUGCCCGGAGCUGUGUCCUUUCAGGGCAAAGGCCAGGGCCACCUGAGUCGGAAGAAGACGGUCACCAUCCCUGCAGGCAGCAUCCUCGCAUUCCAGGUGGCCCAGCUGGUUAUUGGCUCUGACUGGGACAUCCUCUUCAUCCCAAACAAGAAGCAGAGGACCUUUGAGCUGCCACAGGCAGGUGGCCAGUCACAGUGGCAGUGCCCCAGCUUCUCCAUAAGGUCCUCAAUUGAACGCCUCAAGUUCCUGUCAGAUGGGUCUGAUGAGGACAGGUUGGCACCCACUGAAGACUUCCAGGGCCUGCAAGCAGAGGUGAAGGCCUGGGCCAGGGUCCUGGAGAACUUGUCCAAGUCGCUGCGUGAGCAGCUGCUGAGGGGCCUGGGGCAGGUGCUGCGGGAUGAGCUGGCCCUGGAAACCCUGGAGGAGUCGCUGGAGCAGGGCCUGUGCUGCGGGAGGAUGGAGCCUCUGCACAGCCCGGCGGGAGAGGUCCUUGAGUGCCUGGUGCUCCCCUGCAGAGCGCCAGUGGAGGAGCUCGCAGGCCCCAUCACCUACCUGCUGGGAGCACUGGCUGCACUGAGUGAAACCCAGCACAUGCUGCUGGCCGAAGCACUGGAGGCCUUGGCCCUGUCAGAGCCCUUCAAGUUGGUGGAGAGCCUUUUGGAGCAGAGCACCCCAUGGCAGGAGCACAGGGCCCUGUCCCUGCCACCUGAGCUCCUGGGGAACAGCUGGAGCUCAGAGGUGCCCACCUGGAUCCUGCUAGAGGCAUGCGGCCUAGAGCUACAGGUGGGCACCCCCCAGGUGUGCUGGAAGCCAGAGGCCCAGGGCCGCACAUGUGCACUCUAUGCCAGCCUGGCCCUGCUGUUAAAGCUGAGCCAGCUCUGCUAGCCUGCCGGCCUGCAUGCCUGGGCAGCUCUCCAGGCAGGGAGAGCUCGUGGCCCGCCCAGUUGCCAGUCCUGGCAGGAGGAGAGCCCAACAUAGCCCAGCGGGCAGUUCACCAUGGGGAGUUGGGGAAAGUCAAUAAAUAUGAUGCACAAAGGGAAGAUGGGUCAUUGAGUUUUUGAGGGGCCCUAGAUCUGGAAUAGGGGGCAGGGGUAGGGACUUGCCCACACAGGAUAGGGAAGGAUAUGGGGACCAAGAGCAGGAGUCUCCCCUAUGGUUUUAUUCCUGUCACACCAUGGGGCUAAGGAGAGCCUGCCCUGUGCUUGGACCUGGUCCCUCCAGAGUGACCAGUCACAUGGCUGGACCCCUGGACCCUCCCCAGUGUGCUAGUCUGUGAAAGACCGAGGGUGGGGGUACAGUUCCACCAGGACAGGUCUCCAUCUGCCUCAGGGACCUUGAGGUAGGGGGCCCAUCCAUCUAGCAAAGGGGGCUAGAGCAUGUGUGGCUGACCAGCACACAGACCCUAUACUCCUGGAGCCGACUAGAGGUUCCC